ACAAAUUUCAGUGAAAACAAUUGUAUGGGUGGCCAAUAGAGAAACCCCUUUUAAUGAUACUUCAGGAGCUUUGAAGUUGACAGAGAAUGGGAAUUUGGUACUUGUCAAUGGUACUGAUGGAGUUGUUAUGUGGUCAUCCAAUUCCACUGGUGGUACUAUGAGUAUGAGUCCGGUGGCACAACUACUCGACUCGGGAAAUCUUGUCAUACGAGGUUCGAGGGACGGAAAUUACACUUGGCAGAGUUUUGAUCAUCCAACAGACACGGCCUUGCCUGGGCUGAAAAUGGGGAAGAAUUUAGUGACGGGCGUUGACCGGAUUCUAUAUUCGAGGAAGAGUAACAACGAUCCUUCGCGGGGAGACUAUAUGUAUCUUAUGGAUACUCAUGGAUAUCCACAACACAUGAUGAUGACUGGUUCGACUGUUCGUUUUCGAUCAGGACCAUGGAAUGGUUUGGCGUUUAGUGGGUCUCCAGGCCUAAAAACGAAUCCGAUCUACACAUUUCAAUUCGUGUUCAAUCAAGAGGAAGUAUACUAUAGCUUUGACCUCGUUAACCCUCAUGUUUACUCAAGGCUUGUAUUGGAUCCGGAUGGAGUUCUUCGACGAUUUUCGUGGAAUAAUAGAACACAGGUUUGGACUAAUUUGGUUAGUGCACCAGCUGAUAAUUGUGACAUUUAUGGACAGUGUAAUGGAUAUGGUAAAUGUACAAUUGGUGAGUCUCCGAUUUGUAGUUGUUUGGAUAAAUUUAAGCCUAAAAACCCGAAAGAUUGGCUCUCGGCCGUUUGGUCAGAUGGUUGUGUUCGUAGAACGCCGUUGAAUUGUAAUAGCGAUGGUUUUGUAAAGUAUUCUAGAGUUAAAUUACCUGAUACAAGAAAAUCUUGGUAUAAUUUGAGCAUGUCACUUAAGGAAUGCAGGCAAAUGUGUAAGAAUAAUUGUUCUUGUAUGGCUUAUUCCAAUAUAGAUAUAAGAGGGAAAGGAAGUGGUUGCUUUCUUUGGUUUGAAGAUCUGAUGGACAUUAGAUAUUACGAUGGAAACGAUGGUCAAGAUAUCUAUAUUAGGAUGGCAUCCUCUGAGUUAGGCUCAAGUGGGUUGAGAAAGAAGAUACUUAGGGCAUGUUUGGCAUCACUUGGGGCAGUUCUUAUAUUGUGCCUCAUACUCAUCUCAUUUACUUGGAAGAAGAAGAAGAGGGUUAGAGAAAAACAGCAGCAGGUGCAGCAACAGCUGACUCGAGAAGGAUCAAUAGGAAGCAGUUCAAGACAAUUUUACACAGCAGAAAAUGACAAUGGAGAUCUUGACCUACCAUUGUUUGAUGUAACAACAAUAUUAGAAGCUACCAAUUACUUUUCACCUGGCAACAAGAUUGGAGAAGGUGGAUUUGGACCAGUGUACAAGGGUGUACUCAGAAAGGGGAAAGAAAUUGCUGUGAAGAGGCUAUCAAAGUAUUCAAUACAAGGAGAUGACGAGUUCAAAAAUGAAGUAAUUUUAAUUGCAAAGUUACAACAUAGGAAUCUUGUGAAUCUUAUUGGAUGUUGCAUUCAUGAAGAAGAGAAAAUUCUUAUCUAUGAAUUCAUGCCUAACAAUAGCUUGGACACUUACAUAUUUGAUAAGGAUCGAGGUAGAUUGUUGGAUUGGGAAAAGCGGUUUCAAAUUAUCAAUGGAAUUGCUCGUGGAUUACUUUAUCUUCAUCAAGACUCCCGAUUGAGAAUCAUUCAUAGAGAUCUAAAGGCUGGAAACAUUUUGUUGGAUGCUGAUAUGAACCCGAAAAUAUCAGACUUCGGCAUGGCGAGAAGUUUUGGAGGGAAUGAAAUUGAAGCAAACACACGAAGGGUUGUCGGUACAUAUGGCUAUAUGUCACCCGAAUAUGUGGUUGAUGGUCACUUCUCAGUCAAAUCUGACAUAUUCAGCUUUGGUGUCCUCAUUCUGGAAAUCAUAAGCGGACAAAAGAACAGAGGAUUUUUUCAUCAAGAUCACCAUCACAAUUUGCUUGGACAUGCAUGGAUUCUACACAAUGAAGGACGAUCUCUAGAAUUAAUCGACUCACAUUUAGCUCAAUCGUGCUACUUGUCUGAAGUACUUCGAUCAAUGCAUGUCGCUCUAUUAUGUGUACAGAGAAAUCCUGAAGAUCGGCCAAAUAUGUCGAAUGUUGUCCUAAUGUUGGCAAGUGCAGGGGCAUUGCCUAAGCCUAAAGAGCCCGGUUUUUUCACAGAAAGAAAUUCAUUUCUUGGAUUUGAAACUUCAUCAAGUAAGCCUACGGUAAGUUCUGCCAAUGAAUUGAGCUUCACGGAAAUGGAAGGUAGAUAAAAAUAUAUAAAGAAUUAGUGCCAUAAAUGCAUAUAUUACUCAUUUAUAUUAAAAUUUUCAUUCAACGAAAACAUUUUAUCAAUCUAUGUCUUUUAUCAAUUUAUGUGUUUUAUGAAUUUCUAGCGUUUCUUCAAUUUUUUGGUCUUAAAAUUUAUUUAUGUAUGAUCUAAUCACUGCAGUCUAUACUAUUGUUGAUAUUAGAGUC